UUUAUUGGAAGUCCUUUUUGAUUCUAAUAUAGGCUUUAGCUUUGAGCUUUGGCGAGAAAGAGAGAGAGAGAGAGGGGGAUUGUGGCCUUCGCCUUCCUCGUAGAGGGGCGGAGUCCGGCCAAAGUGGUCGUCGGGGGAGGGGGAGGGGAGGGGCGGGUUGUCGAUGGCCGUCUCCUGGUCCUCCGCCAUCAGGAUCUCCCUCCUCGUCCUCCUCGUCGCCGCCGUCGUCGCCGCUUUCUUCACCCUCCCUGUCCAAAAGAUUUUGAAUGACUUUUUGGUGUGGAUAAAGCAGAAUGUUGGUCCGUGGGGUCCUGUUGUGCUGGCUGUUGCAUAUAUUCCUUUGACAAUUCUAGCUGUUCCGGCAUCAAUACUUAGUCUUGGUGGUGGAUAUCUGUUUGGAUUGCUGAUAGGCUUUUUUGCUGAUUCAAUUGGAUCAACACUUGGUUCUGUAGCUGCAUUUUUACUUGGUAGAACGUUAGGAAGGCCUUAUGUUGUCUCCAAGUUGAAUGAUUAUCCAGAGUUUCAGGCUGUUGCUGCUGCAAUUCAGAGAUCUGGAUUUAAGAUUGUAUUGCUGCUUAGGCUUGCACCUUUACUUCCAUUUAGCAUGUUGAACUACUUCCUAGCUGUGAUGCCUAUUGGCAUCGGGGAAUACACGAUGGCGUCCUGGCUUGGAAUGAUGCCGAUUACUCUUGCGCUAGUGUAUGUUGGUACUACUUUCAAGGAUCUAGCUGAUGUGACACAUAGAUGGAAUGAGGUUUCAUCUACUCAUUGGGUACUUAUGGUAACUGGGCUGGCAAUAUCUGCUAUCCUUAUGGUAUGUGUCACGAGAGAAGCACAUGUAUAUUUGGAUAAGGCAUUGGUUGAAAAUCCAGUGGUAGAGAACAUCCUAAUCAUCACGACGCCACCAUCGUCACCUCCACCACCACCACCGGUGUCACCCGAGUCACCCUUGCACCUACAGCAACCUCUUAUGAUCAAGAUGGACACUUCAAAUGUCGAUCGCGUGAAAUAAUUUUUUUCUUUUUCUUUUUGUUUUUCUUAGUGUAAAUUAUUCCCCCAUCAUUUUCUUGGGGCCCUCGUAGAAGCUAGCCUUGGUUUUCAAGGAACCACCAUAGCUCUAAAGCAGCAGCAGAUACAUGCUGCUAUUUCUUUGUUAGAUAACAUAGGUUCUUAUCUAAUGUAACUCUUAACUUGGCCACAUGUAUUAAUGUUUUACCGACACUAUUAAUGCAAUUAACAUCUCCUCCA